UUAAUUCACUAGUCGUUUACUGGCAUUUGAAUAACACAAGUGUUUGUGAGAAGUUGUAUUGGAUGGCAGGCAACACGAUCAUAUAGUUACCAGUCGGUCAUAUUAGUAAUUGCCUCUUAAAUGUAAACCAAGUACCAAGUGGUCAAAUUUUAAACUGUUCACAGGGCUCGUGUGAUAUGUGAAAUACUGUUUGAGUUUUAGUUGUACAGCAUUGUGUUCAAUUACAGUUUGUGUCGAUAGAAAACAAUUGGAAAAGCAACGGCAAAUGCCGACUUCGGACAUCGACAGCUACAAGUAAAAUCAACAGUAACAGCAACAACAAUAGCAGCCAGCAGAAGCAGCAGGUGAAAAUCCGCAGUGGACGAAUUUUGUAUUUAGCCAGCUGCAGAGUCUAAAAACAGAUAUUACUGGAAAAAGUCAGCCUCAGCCUUAACCUACGAAAUGGCUUGCACCUGUGAAGUAAUUGGCCUGGCCUGUGUCGUUGCGCUUAUCUUGAGUGUUGCGGCCAAGGCACCCUAUCAGAUGCGAAUGUUUAUUGUAAUGUUCGGAGCUGGUGCAAUUGUGCUGUUGUGCAUUCCCUUCAUGAUACUGCGACCGAGAGACUAUCGAAAUGGACUAGCACCCUCCUGGUUCUUCAGACAGCUGUGCAAGCUAAUGGGCAUCACCAUGGAAGUGCGUGGUGUGGAGAACGUGAGAAGGGAACACGGCAGUGUGGUGCUUAUGAACCAUCAAAGCGCUCUUGAUCUCUGCGUGCUGGCUUACUUGUGGCCAGUGAUAGGACGGCCCACUGUGGUGGCCAAAAAGGAAAUUCUGUACAUGCCCUUCUUUGGCGUUGGCGCCUGGCUCUGGGGCACUUUAUACAUCAACCGAUCGCGCAAGAGUGAUUCAAUUAAUUCAUUGCAGAAGGAGGCGAUCGCUAUACGCGAACGGAAUUGUAAGAUCUUAGUGUUUCCGGAGGGCACUCGCAAUUCCAAGGAUACUCUGCUGCCAUUCAAAAAGGGUUCAUUCCACAUUGCGCUUCAAAGCAAGUGCACGAUACAGCCUGUGGUUGUAUCGAAAUACUCGUUCUACGAUGAGGAAAAGAAAAGCUUCCGACCAGGCCACGCUAUCAUACAAAUACUGCCCGAGAUAUCAACGGAGGGCUAUGAAAAGGAAGAUAUGGACAAACUGAUCGAGCUUUGCCGAUCCACUAUGCAACAAGAAUAUACGAGGUUGAGCAAAGAUCAGCUUGCUGUGAACUCAAAAAAACAGUCAUAA